AUGCCUACUUGCAAGGAUUGUGGCCAUUGGGUCCCUACUGCCUCUGGACUCAACAAGCACAUCAGCAAGUCUCAAAGUUGCCACACAAAGUGGAUCAAAUGGCUGCAAAACUUCAGCAUCAACAUCUUCAAUCUUGGUGGAUGGAUCCAGGAUGAGUUGGAGAACAGUGAUGAAGGGAUGUGGGGGCUAUUUCACAAUGAAGACGAGUGGGAGCUUGUGAAGUGGCUCAUUCAGAAUGUAGGGCAGAAUCAGACCAACAAAUUCCUCAAGCUUCCAAUUAUCAAAGACCAGACCAGCCUUUCAUAUACCACCGCCAAGGCAUUCUUGAAAAAGAUUGAUGGCCUUCCCACAAAAACUCCAGCCUGGCACUGCGAUAUCGUAAAAGUCACUGGAGAUCUAGUUGAUGGAGACAGUGAGAUGUUGAUGACAGAGUUAGAGUUGUGGCAGUGGGAUCCAGUGGAAUCUUAUGAAGACACCCAGGGCAAGAGUCAGAUAUAUGACAAUAUGUGGACCUGCGACUGGUGGUGGGAGACACAGGGUAAAUUAAUACCAGGUGCAACAAUAGCACCUCUCAUCCUUGCCUCUGAUAAAACCAGUCUGUCUCAAUUUCACAGAGACAAGUCAGCAUGGCCCAUCUAUAUGACCAUCAGCAACAUUGAGAAGUCAACAUCCACAUGGUCAGUUGCAGGGUAUCAACUUUUUCAUGAGUGUAUGCGGCGUCUUUUGCAACCCUUGAUCGCAGUGGGUUGUGAGGGGGUUGAGAUGGUCUGUGCUGACAGGAGGGUGCAGCAAGUGCAUCCUAUACUAGCAGCUUAUGUCAUGGACCAUCCUGAGCAGUGCCUUGUUGCAUGCAUGAAGGAGAGCUUUUGCCCCAAGUGCUGUGUUCAUUGUGACAAUCAAGGAGAACUACUCACGUCCCUUCUACGCCUAUGUCCUGUCUACCAUCCUUUCUGGGCAGAUCUGCCCCAUGCCAACAUCUUUGUGAGUCUCACACUGGACAUACUACAUCAACUCCACAAAGGAGUCUUCCACAACCAUCUUCUGAAAUGGUGUACCAAGAUAGCAGGGGAAGAUCAGAUUGAUGAGCAAUUUCACAUGAUGAUGAACUAUCCCAGCUUUCAAUAUUUCUCCAAAGGCAUUUCCCUCAUGUUGCAGUGGACAGGGACAGAGCACCGCAAAAUGCAAUGGGUUUUUUUGGGUGUACUCACAGGUGCAGUUCAACCAACUGUAUUCCAUGCUGCACGAGCUGUGCUAGAUUUUAUUUAUUAUGCUCAAUAUCAUGCUCACACCUCACAGACACUUGAUGCCCUCCAAAACACACUGGAUGAAUUCCACACACACAAGCACAUAUUCACAGAUCUUGGGGUGCGCGAUGACUUCAAUACCCCCAAGCUUCACUCGAUGAUGCACUACAUCGACUCAAUCAAGUCCCAAGGUUCUGCUGACAGCUUCAACACAGAGUUCCCAGAAUGUUUGCACAUAGAUUUCGCCAAAAAUGCAUACUGUGCAACUAACAAACAAGACUAUGUAGCACAGAUGACGAAGUGGUUGAUGCGACAGGAGAUGGUUGAUCAGUUCACAGCUUACCUUGACUGGCAGUUGCAGAGAUUUGGUGAGGACUUGGAGCCAGCAACUGGUGGAGAUGAGGACAAUGAUGACAAUGAAGAGAUGCCAACCACUGCACCUAUGAACAGUGAUGAAGGAUCAAGCACCCAGCCCAUUCCAGUAUCAACACACAUCCUCCCAUCCCAUCCUUCAUUCAAGGCAUUGACCAUCACUACUAUCAUGCACAUGUUCAGCACUAUGAAUUUUUUGCCUGCAUUGACUCAGUUUCUUCACCUCGACAUAGUACCUGCGAACAGACCUAUUGUCAGCGAAUGGGAUUGGUUUCAUGCUUAUUGGCGUCUCUCCAUCCCAUAUGAGAAGCUACCUGCCAUUCACAUAACAAAUGGUCUCAAUCGCAUUCAUGCGACUCCCCCAACUGCACCAGCUGGCUGUUCAUCUGGUGCUAUUGGCAAAUUUGAUACUGUACUUGUGCAAGUUGCAGGAGAUGCUAACAUGCACACCCAAGGGACUGCAUUAGAAGGUCGGUGUCUUGUUUCAUUGAGUUGUCUACAAGAUUUUGAGUUGCACUCACACCUAGGUCUUCAAGUCGCACAACUGCAGUUCAUUUUCGAGCUGCCACGUCACCUCACAAUUGUCGGUAAACCCAAUCAACUGGCUUAUGUUGAAUGGUUCCAGCCUUUUCGUGCUUGGGAUGAAGUGUUUCAAAUGCAUGCUGUGACUUGUUCUUAUGCUGGUCGGGUGCCCCACUCUGCUGUCAUCCCAGUGUCAAGCAUUGUUCACAGUUGUCACCUCAUUCCAAAAUUCGGUACUCGAGUGGAUAGGAGUUGGUCUGCAGGACAUGUAUUGGAUAGUUGUAAGACAUUCUACCUAAAUUCCUGGAUAGACAUGUAUACUUUUAUAAAACCCACAAUCCAUUGAAAGUCUAACAAACUUCUGUGCAAAUGGUUGAAUCACCACAGUAAGCAUCAUACUUGACACAUGAAUCUUUCAAAGUCUGUGAGUGGCAGCGGAACAUGUUAAUUUCGAGCAAUUAAGCUCGGCAGUUGGCUUUGGUCAGCGAUUUCUCGGUAUCCCAUCGAUUGUUGAUGAGUUCGUG